CUCAGUCACUGCAGCACCGUGGGAGUGUUUCAGUCAGAGACCAAAUGAGGAUAUGAUACAUUACAGUCAGAGGUAUGCGUGCAUGGAACCAGGGUUUGACGGAUCAGAUCUCUCUGAAGACUACUUUUAAUGCAGUUUGUUGGAGGGGCUUGAAGUUUUAGGUGAUGAGGGAAUGCCUCGAGGGUGUCUUUCUGCUGGAGGCGAGUUCACACUCUCAGUGCAAAGGAUCAAGAUGAGUGCUUGGUGGACGUUCAUGAUCCUCUUGGGCUGCAGAUUAUCUCACGCCGCUCAGUCUCAGAGCACCUGCAUCUUCAAUUAUCAGCUGAAAACUGUCUGCGUGCCUGCCAGAGGUAAUGCGUCAGUGCCCUGCCCGGAGCUGUCCACUGGAGAGGCAAAGUUCAACCUUUUUCAUGACGAGCAAAUCAUUUACAACUUGACAUGCGAAAGCAAAGGAGACACGCCACAGUGUAAACCACCACACAGGACAGUGGGGGUGGAACCUCAUGUAAACUCAGAAAAUAACUCGGUCAGUUUUGUGCUCACCGGAGUGAAUGCCAGUCACCACGGCGUCUACAGAUGUGAGAGAACCUCAUUAUUCCCUCCGCCUCUUAUAACAGCAUCAAGUCAAGUGUGGAUCGUGGUGCUCGUAGAAGGUCACCAAUGCAGAAAAAUGUGCACAAAUGAAAGUGAGAACAAUGAUGGAAAGAAUGAAGGGCAAACCUGUGGAUUCCACUGGCUCUGGAUUGUUGUAGUUGUCAGCGUCUACAGCAUAAUCGUCACCGUCGUUGCCGUCGUCAUCUGGGUUAAGUUGAGGAAGGUGGAUACCGACAAUGACUACAUGAACACCAAACCCAGAGCGCACAGAGAGCGGAGGAAGAAGAAAGGGCUGCUAAAUCCUGUGCCAAGAUACUGCUGAUUACCCUGCAUCAUCGGAACGAACCACCACAUGGACAGCUGUACCCCCACCCCCCACCCCCACCCCCCUGUCCCCACCGGUUCAGAUACAAAUGUGGGGUCCUUGAACUAGCUUGGCCUGGCAGGACAUUAUUGAGACUGUCAGUAGUUUUGUGUCUACAUGGCGAAAGUAGGCGCUCCUCUCAUAAUUACAUAAAAAAUAUCACACCAGACA